UUCCUCCUCCAUAAACCAAAACAUGUCCACCUCUGUGACACUGAUAUUGACAUUUACCUACGUGUUUAUUUGUUUUCGUAGAGGCUUGUUUGAAAGCAAUAGCAAACACCAAUAACUUCCCGAUUCAUGUUAUUUCCUGGACGAACUAUUUUUGGUGUUCAAGACUGUGCUCUGUCAGCACAGACAAUGACUAAUGGGACAGGGUGAGGCAGGAUUAUGGAGGAUAUUAUUUGUGUCAGCUCGGGCAGUGACGACGACUCUGAUUUAGAGGUCGUAAGCAGUUAUAAUGAAGAGAAAGAAGAUGCAGUUCCGUUCAUUCGAGCACAAUGGCUGCCAGUCACACCUGUCCUCAUUGAUAUCACAGGCCACAACUUCAUCUCUCCAUGGCAAAGGUGCUCAAGAAAAGAUACAUGCUCCUCCCUAGACGUUAUAGAUCUGAGUGAAGAUGAUCCUUCUGAUGAUAUUGAUGUACAGAAACCAUCGCCGACUUUGCCAUCAGUAGAAAGCAGAGACAUGAAAGUGCAUGUAACACCGGCAUCUUUUGGAAAAGCUCCAGAAUCACAAUCUCAAACCAGUGUUGGCAAAGAUGUGGCUAGUUCAGGGUCACUCAUUCAGGAGAACACUCUCACAGACAUGCUCCAAAGAACAGAAGAUUAUUUGCAUCAGGGCACAAAUUGUAAUUCAAGCUUGCCGCCUGGGCAGCUGAGCUGGGAUAACUCUUUGGAGCAUUGCAGGUCCAAUGAUAAAAGUAAAAAUCUGUUCAAAUAUGAAUCUCAAGUAUUGAAAGACUUUAUUGCAGAUGUAUCACAGAACACUAAAAACACGCAGCUUAGUACACCAGCUGUCUGCAGCACAGAAGCAGACCAAGAAGACAAUCUUUACUCAUUACAGAAAUGGGAAGACACUGUUCUCUCUCCUUAUCCUGACAGUCCAUAUUACUGUCCCAGUGAGGUAGAUGCUUUUAUAUUCUCUGAUUCAUCCAAUAAGUCUGAAGAUAAUAAUCAUCUGUUUACAUACAACAGUCAACAGUCAUUUCAAACUUCUGAGCUACCCUCUGCUACUCAUACUGCAUCAGUAUCCAAUGCACUUUCAUUAAAAGAGGAUGGUGAAACAAUGAAUAUCAGCAAAAAUGAGGACCUACAUACUCAGGUUCAUCCCAAGCCUUCGUCCCCCUCCAUACCUACCUCAUCUAGGGCAUCGCACCCCUGGAGCCCUGAACUUUUGUCUAAUCACAGUAAACCCAACAGUCCCACAUCCACAGAGAUUCUUGCCAGUGACACAGCAGCACAUUCACCUGAUCUGUCUACGCUGAGCUCACCAAGUAGCAUUUUCAUUUCUCAGCCUUCCUCACCAAACUUUCCAGAGAGAACAGAGCAAAAGAGAAAUUAUUUAGGUGAUGGAUCUCUAGAAAGCCCUCGCAUCAGGCUUUGGGAGACGAGCAGCGAUGACAGCAAUGAAAAUGAGCUGGAUAAUGUGCAGUCAGAUCUUUCUGAAAACAACACAGAGGAUAGACAACAAAUCUGUCUGACUCAGUACAAAAAGCUGAAUCAGUGCAUGAGUGGAACGGUUCCACACAUGGAUGAUGAUGAGGAAGAUGAACACUAUGGUCCCGCUGAGCCUCUAUGCCGUCAGAGCCUUAGCUUGGUCUACAGCACCAUUGAGGAGAAUUACCCAGAAGGCACUCUUCAGCUGCUCUUUGACUUCAUUCAGCCUCGGUUUUACCCACCGGUGGAUAUUACGACACAUCUGCUCAGGGGGAUACUCUUAAACCCACAAAGCCCUGAUGUUUUUGCCGUAGAGGCUUUUAACCUAUUGAUGAAGACUCAGAGAUACCACCCUGUGGAUGCUUCCACAGUCCCAUGGGAUUGGGAACUGAUGAAGUCAGUUAUGAAAGAACAGGAUGACACUAAUAGGUUGCGGACGGAGGUCCAGUACCUGCUCCUCCAAUACGUGUUGCAGGUUUUAGAAGAUGAUUUUCAUUUUAAAGUCAGGAGUCAGUGUCUUCAUCAGUCGGUUGCAAAGAAGAUGCUUUCAUGUGGCAAUGAAACAUUUGGGCAAGUCAAGGAUAUAAUAAGUUGGUUGAUGAAUGCUGCAAAGGAGUCAGUGAACCACUCAAAAGAAGUGGAAUAUCCAAAGAAAGAGGACAACUGUCUUAAGAUUGUAUUAUCUCUUCAGAGGAUGUUAACAUUGGCCCUGGAGGUGGACAAGAACCCCACCUACAAUUCAGAAAAGAUUUCAGUAGAACUCUUCAAUUGUCUUAAUACAAUGCAUUCAUGCAGGCAGAUAAGACUUUUAUUGUUGAGGACUCUGGAUAGCAAGCUGCUGAGAUGCGAGCUGUUGAAGCUGUUGCUGGAUGAGACUUGUUCUCAGCCCGUGUCUCUAAACUUGCUGCUACACUACCUCAAAAGCUCCACUUUGGCCCCGGACCCCACUGAUGGAGCAGAGAAGUGGAGGAAAUGGGAUGAACUCCUUCAGCUUCUGUGGAUGCUGAUGCUCAGUUAUGAAGAAGUUGUGACAGGUCAUCUACGCUGCCCCAUCACAAAGCGUUUUGAUAAAAGAGAUGCUCCGUUCUGGAAACAGGAAGAUCAGGUGAAAUGCUCAGCAGUGCUAGAGGCAACAGGCGCCUUUGUGUCACGUGCAGUGGACGACAUCGGCCAUGCUCUUCCUGUGGAAAUGCAGGAUUUACUAUCCCAACUACAAGAACAUAUAAGUGACAUGUCCAGUGUUACUUCAAGUCAUUAAACCUUUUAUAAUAGCUUUGUUUUUAUGGUGUUUUUUUUUUAAUAAAUUAUUUUUUUCAUACAA